GAAGAUCGCCGCGGUUCGUCAGUCGCGCUUUAACAGCCUUGCGCGAUGCAUCAGAGAAAUAAUGGGGGUAGGAAAAUCAGCGGUGGUGGUAAUGUGUUCGAUGUGAUAAAGGCGACGUGUUAUAAAGGAUGAUAAGGCACGUGGUGUAGUGCCCAACAUCAUUCUAAAAAAAGAAAAAAGAAAGAAAAAAAGUAAAUCAAGAAGCUCUUUUAAUUAUUUUGUAUUCGGCUAUUCGUCCUUCGUUCUUUGUCAGUGUGGUGUUUCUUCCUUGUGUGUUAUAUUUCGAAGAAACUAGAUGACUCGGACGUGUAGAAAAAUUCGGAAGGGUUUACGGCCAAGGUAGCGCCGGCCCUCGUGCGAUUGCCAAUCAAAAGGAACUAUUUAUUCGAUAAUUUGUCGAUGAUUUUCGAAUGAAAGAUGAUUAUUCGAAAAACAAUAUUAGAAAAUACGACGAUGCGAAGAACACCGGCGUGCCUUCUUCACUUCUUCGAUUAUUACCUGCUGAAACGUCAAUGAUAUUCGUUUGGCGAAUUUCGUGAUGCAAGAGUAACGCGAUUUACUCGUUUAAGACAAAAGAAAAAGAAACCCUCUCAUCCCCUUCAGAAUAUUAACUUUCCUACAGAAGAGGAGGAGGAGGAAGAAGAAGAAGAAGAAGAAGAAGAAGAAGAAGAAGAAGAAGAAGAAGAAGAGAAUAGUCUUACUGUCUACUCUCUUAUCGAGUGUAAGUUGAACGAUUUCGAAACGAAAUGCUAAUUUAAUUAGAUGUCUAUCGAUCGUCCGUGCGUACGUGCUUACGAAAUGGCGGUGGAAAGGAUCGGAUAGGAAAGAAUGUGCGUGUGUAUUCAUAGACCGUUUUGUUGUGUCAUCCUCUCUUUUGAAAAUCUUUCUCCUGUACCUUCAUUUUCACGAGAACAAGAUUUACACGUUCGUAGAUUUAUAGUGUCGGAUUUAGUCGCGUGCCGACGCAUGGCCGCGUGAUCGCAACUCGCGUGGCUUUUCAAGAAUACCUGCUUUGUUAUGUUUAUAUUCAUUAUGCAUUUUAUAUUAUUGCGAAUUUUUCUUCCUACAUAUUUCUGUUUACAGAUCAGACUAUCAAUUAAUUUGUCAAAGCCGAAAAAACAUGAUAUGAUAUAAUUUAUUUUUUUAGAACGAUUUUAUAGUUAACGGAUGCUGAAAGAGAGGAAGAGAGAAAAUGAUGAAUGAUCGAGAGUAUGUCUCGGACAUAUUUUGGCACCUUCACCAUCGUAUGUAUAAGAUUUCAACGUUAACUUGACUUUCUAAUACCGAAAGAUAUUUAAUGUGUCGAUUUGUUGAAGAUUCAAAAAUAUAACGUAAUAACUUAUGUCUAUAUUUAUAACUAUAUUAAGUGUAUAUUUGCACACUCAAACGAUUAUUUCCCCAUUCGAAAUGUCUUUAAUGUAGUCAUCUUUUUACGAAGAAUUGCUAUCGUUUGUUUAAUUUUCUCUCUCUCUUUCUCUCUCUCUCUUUUUCUCUUUCAAAUCUAUUGGUUUGCAACAAGUGCGCGUUCUAUUUUCAUUUUCCUCGAUGUUCUGCUUUGCGUUACCUCAUUAUUAACACUAACUGUUUUCUUUUGUAACGUUUUAAAAUUUGUUAUAGCAAAUGUACUUUGCUCAUUGAUAAAUACAUGUGCGAUUUAAUGAGAUACCCGAUAAGGUUAUCGCUUAAGAAAUAUUGAAAGAGUUUCGGUGCUCUUUGAAUUUUAAUUAAAUUAAAUGUUCGAUGCAGAAUAGAAAUGCUUUCGGAAACUCUUUUCAAAGUUGCUCUACUGUAUCUCAAUCGAAUGAUCUUUAAACUUCUUUUCAGUUAAAUGCAACAUCAAUUUUAAAAAGUUUUCAUUUCCCGGAAGUCCCGGAGAAAGUUAUUUUCUUGAAAGUUACUAAAGCUAAAAGACUUGUCUUUCUAUUUCUCUAUUUCGAACGAUUGAACGAAAUAAAGAAGAUUCUAAAGUCGUACUAUUAAAAGCUUUCUGGAAUAAUUCUCUUGGUAUUCGCGAACGCGGGGUCGUUGUUCGAGUAUCUGGUUCGAGAGUCUAUACUACUAGCAGUGAUGUUUAUGUAACCAGUUGGAACAGUAUCGUGUGAAAUACAUACAUAUAUUAUACAUAAAUGAAACUUUGAAGAUAUAAUAAAGCAAUGUUCUAGCUUCGAGUUUGAAUUUCGUGAAAGGUGUUUCGUGUUUCUCGUGGAACGACGAAGGAUGGACGAAAAUAUCGUCGGUAGAAGGAAUCGUCGUGCCGCACGUUAUGUUCUUGGUGGUGCGCGACGGCGAGCUCGUCGACGAAAUCAUCGACGAAGUCAUCGAGGAAAAGGCUCAACCGAGCUCGAAUUACUCGAAGAUAAGCCGUUCUCUUCCUUUUCAUCAUCUUUAUCUCCCUUUAUACUCUUCUUCGUUGCUUCCACGAGAAAACGCCGAAGGAAGGAAGAAAGAGAAGAAGAAGAAGAAGAAGAAUCAUUGUCGUCGUUGUUAUCCUUCAAGAUCGUUGGCCGUUGUCUAGGAGUCCUAUCAAGAGGCUCCUAGUGUAAUUGAAUGGAAACCAAAGUGAGUGAAGAAAGGAGACAAUAUGCCUGGCAUCGUGGUAUUCCGACGACGCUGGAGCGUCGGCAGCGACGAUCUCGUUGUACCUGGUGCCUUCCUCUUCGUUUUACAUCUCAUAUGGGUGACGGUACUUGGAGUCCUACUAGGAAUCCUUCAAUGGGAUCGAAGUAUUAUGUGUAUAUUUCUUCUAUGGGAAUACAUAUUAGGCUAUCUCGUGCUUUUCAUAGUCUCGAUGGCGGUGGAGUUCUCAGUCUGUUUCCUUGCAACGAGGGGAAGCAUUUUGGAUACUGCAGCAAGGGCACCAAUGCAAUAUAUACUUUAUAUUCGCUUAUUCCUCUUAUUGGUAGAAGCAGGAUGGUUGUGUGCAGGAGUUACCUGGUUAACACGAUUCUAUCAAUCCUGCCCUGUGGACCAAAUCAAGGACGUGAUGUUGGGUUUGGUGAUAUCCAAUUGGUGUGUGUUGGCAUUUGUGAUGGUAACGGUAUGGUGUACGUACGACGCCGCCGGCAGAUCCUGGGUGAAAAUGAAGAAAUAUCAACGUAGCAUGAGGGAAGCGGAAUCAAGGGGAGGUAGAUUACACUACAAACGCAGUGGUAGCAGAAACCGAAAUUGGCGACAACGAAAAGUUAUACGUGCCUAUCAAGAUAGUUGGGACAACAGAUGCAGAUUAUUGUUUUGUUGUAUGGGAAAUUCCGAUCGAAAUAGAAACUCUUUCGCUGACAUUGCCAGACUUUUGAGCGACUUUUUCCGUGACCUUGACGUGGUACCAUCGGACGUAGUAGCCGGGCUGGUGCUUUUAAGAAAAUUUCAGAAAAUCGAAAGAGAACUGAUAGUGAAACAGAAGAAAAACGACACGUAUGAGUUCCUCUCAGGCGUGCCAGUAACGCCUCGUACUAAGUUUCUCUCCUUGACCGAGGACGGCGAUCUGGGCCAUUUCCAGUUGGCCAUUCAUUAUAUGCACUUCGCCCUCGCUGCCUACGGUUGGCCUAUGUUCCUCGUUAAUCAUUCUACAGGACUCUGCCAGUUGUGCACGAGGUUAAGAUGCGCUUGCUUUCCGUGCGGUAAUCGUGAGGACGAAGCCACGAUAGUGGAAGACAACUGUUGUCAAUGUAAUUAUGCGGCUUUAAGGAAAAUGGUUGAAGUUGGCGAAGUUGAAGUUGUUUAUGCGACCUUUCACGUGGACGUCGGGGAAACACCGUUUUUUGUAGCACUUGAUUACUCGAAAAAAAAGGUUGUCGUUAGUAUACGUGGAACGCUCAGUAUGAAAGACGUUUUAACAGAUUUAAAUGCAGAAGGCGAAGUGUUACCAUUAACUCCACCAAAAGACGAUUGGCUAGGUCACAAGGGUAUGGUUCAAGCCGCAGAAUACAUACGCAAAAAACUUCAAGAAGAGAAUAUUAUCGCUCGAGCACUAUCGAAGGAUCCUUCGAGAGGCACCGAUCAUUUUGGAUUGACAUUGGUUGGUCAUUCCCUUGGUGCAGGCACCGCUGCGAUACUUGCAAUUUUACUUAGGCAAGAAUAUCCGGAUUUGAUAUGUUUUUCUUUCGCACCACCCGGUGGAUUGCUCAGUAUGCCAGCUCAGCAAUAUUCUCAAGAAUUUACGACUUCCGUAGUUGUAGGGAAGGACGUUGUACCUAGGAUAGGAUUACGACAGAUGGAAAGUUUAAGGGCCGACCUUAUAAAUGCGAUAAAAAGAAGCGUCGAUCCCAAGUGGAAAACGAUAGCUUGCUCGGUAAUGUGUUGCGGAUGUAGCUCGACACCCACGUCGGCAGCUAAUAUGGAGGCUGGUGGAUGUAUCAGCGAAUAUCAAAGAGAUAAAGAUCUAGCACGAUCUCAAGCGAUCGUACCUACUGACUCGAGUAUAGCUUUGACAUUGCAUAGGCCACUUUUUCCACCUGGUAGAAUUAUUCACGUUGUUCGGCAUCAUCCUAACAAGGGCGAGAAAAAGUAUGAGUCACGGUGGAGGCAGGUGUUGUCUAAACGCGAACCAGUCUACCAAGCAUUGUGGGCAGGACCAUGCGACUUCGACGAGGUGUUGAUAAGUCCAGUGAUGAUACAGGACCACAUGCCGGAUAACAUGCUGAAGGCUUUGAAUAAGGUUGUAACAACCCUGGGACCAGCGAAGCCACAACGUUUGGCAUCUGGACAUGCUUCGUCUGCUGAACCAUCGGAAGCUCGUGAACCUGCGGAAGUCCAGGAGCUCGAGAUUGAACAAGAGAUGAGGGCACUUCUCUCACCUUCGACCCCAGUCAAAUGCCAGAGCAGUAAUCUAGCAGGGACCCCACCUCACAAGCUUUGCCUCGAGACGAGUUUCACAUCCCUGCAGAGCCCUACGGAAUUCCCGCAGGCUGGUCGAGAACUUAGCGUUGACUCCAGAGGAAUACCAUGGGAAUACGUCAGCUUGGCCAGCGACUUACUCAACACACCACGACCAGACGAUAGUAAAUUAUCGAAUCGUCGUGGAGAUUGGGAAGAUGUCUCUCGUACCGCACCCCUUGCCACCCCCGAAACAUUAUCAGAAACAUCGAGUAAUCCACCCUCACCGAUACCACCACCAAGACCAAUGAGACGCACACCAAAGAUUCCGGGAAACUUGUCAACGGCGGCGGACGACCUCAAAAACAAUCUCCAUUUUGCAAUGCUCUCGGCGAAGAAUUACUUUCUGAGGGAGGAGAAUAUUGGAAGUAAUAGCAGUAGUGGUAAUAGUGAAGCAAGCUACGAAAGUGCCAAGAGUUUGACAACUGAUCUUCCGCCGCCUGUACCAAGAAGAAGGGAUUCGGUUACCGUUAGAAGAGAGCAAAGGGUAUGCACGGCUGCGUGUUGUAGAGACGAUCUAUCGGAAAAUUCAUCUACUCGUGCAUCCUCUCAUUCCUCAAGAGUGUCACGUACAUCUCAUCACGUGCAAGUAGAUUUUCCAGAAGGAGAUAAUGAAACGAACGGGUCUAGUUUAGAUUUCUUUGAAGCUAAGGGCUCGUCCGGUCAACGCGACAGCAGCAACGACGUAUUCCUUAGCGUUAGAAGUUCUCCAGAAUGUAAAGGCUUGAUGGCACCUGCCACUGAUCUUGGUGCCGAAUGGAAAAGAAGGUUCGAUGCUACUGGAAUAAGCGGUGAUGCAUCGUUACCUCUUCUUCGUGGUCUUUCGCCAACACCAACUACCGCACAACACAGUUCUUCGCCGUUCUUUAAUGCUAAGCGGAAGAAAUAUGUUUAUCCUAUUACAUUGAUGGGUCGAGGUGAAAGCAGCGUCUAACGAAAAAAAAAAAAGAAAAAAAAAGGAAGCAAAAUGAUCGACAAUUUUUAUGAUAACUUUUCUAGCCUAAUCGAAAGUAAAGGAAAGGUAAUAUCUUUUUGAAGUCUGUUUAAAAAAAAAUAAAAAAUAAAUAAAAGAAAGGAAUCAUCGAUGACAACUGAGAUUAGAAUGAAGAUUAUAACUUGUGCCAAUAUGAUCGUGUUCUCUUGGUUUGAAGUUUCAAAGUUUUUCUAGAAAUACGUUUUACGAACAAUUAGAUUUAUAAAACAAGGGCAAAUCGAUUAGAUUAUAAGCUUAAAAAUGGUAACAUUGAUUUGUCGAUUAAAUACUCGUAUAACAAAUAUUUAUAAACGGUGUUAGACAAUAUUUAAUCGAAUUAAUGAUCAACGAUUGCAAUUAAAAUAUUUAAAAUUAUUACAAUUAAUGAUUAAGGGAUGAAAGUAUCCACAGACUAGUUCGUCAAUGACGCGAGUCUAUAGAGUAGCAAAGUCAAUGAUUUGAUGAAUCUACGAAGUAAUUUGUCAAUAUCAAAAUUUUAAUCAUACAAUUGACGGAUAUAUAAAUAAACAUUGAAUUAUUAAUUGCGAUUGAAAAUUAAAAAUUUUAAUUGCAAUCGUUGUAAUAAAUAAUCGAAUUGAAUAUUGAUGAACACUGUGUUGAUAAAUCUUUAAAAGCGACGAUGUGAUUAAACACGAACAGUUCUGCAUUUAAUUGAUGUCUUUUAUUUGUUUUUGUUUAUUUAUUUUUUACUUAUUUAUAUAGAUUU